CAGUGUACCUUUUCUCCACUCUCACACUUUCUUUCUCUUCUUCAUCAAACAUGGCUUCUGCUACUUCCGUCAACAUGGCGAUCAUGCUGUUGUUCGCGCUCUUCGCGCUUUCUUCAGCCUUGGACAUGUCCAUAAUAUCCUACGACAACGCCCACCGGGACAAGGCCACAGGGCGCACCGAGGAGGAGGUCAUGUCCCUGUACGAGGAGUGGCUCGUGAAGCACGGCAAACUGUACAACGCUCUCGGCGAGAAGGAUAAGAGGUUUCAGAUCUUCAAAGACAACUUGCAAUUCGUCGACGAGAUAAACGCCGCGAACCGAACCUACAGGUUGGGACUGAACCGGUUCGCGGAUCUGACCAACGAGGAGUACAGGGCCAGGUACUUGGGAACGAGGAUCGACCCGAACCGGAGGUUGGGAAGGACCCCGAGCAACCGUUACACGCCACGUGUCAGAGACGCACUCCCAGAUUCCAUUGAUUGGAGGCAGCAAGGUGCUGUUGUCCCAGUCAAAGACCAAGGAAGCUGCGGGAGCUGUUGGUCAUUCUCAGCAAUUGGUGCAGUGGAAGGAAUUAAUAAGAUAGUGACUGGCGAACUGAUUUCAUUAUCAGAACAAGAAUUGGUGGAUUGUGAUACAGGAUAUAACAUGGGAUGCAAUGGAGGACUUAUGGACUAUGCAUUUGAGUUCAUCAUCAACAAUGGAGGCAUUGAUUCCGAGGAGGAUUACCCUUACCGUGGUGUUGAUGGUACAUGUGACCAGUAUAGGAAAAAUGCCAAAGUUGUUUCUAUUGAUUCUUAUGAAGAUGUUAAUUCCUAUGAUGAGUUAGCAUUGAAAAAGGCCGUUGCAAAUCAGCCCGUGAGCGUUGCUAUUGAAGGAGGAGGAAGGGAAUUUCAACUUUAUUCAUCUGGUGUCUUCUCUGGAAGAUGUGGAACAGCACUAGAUCAUGGUGUUGUGGCUGUUGGGUAUGGUACAGAAAACGGUCAUGAUUAUUGGAUUGUGAGGAAUUCAUGGGGUGCUGAUUGGGGAGAGGAAGGAUACAUCAGAAUGGAAAGAAAUCUGGGUAACAGCAGAUCAGGAAAGUGUGGAAUUGCGAUCGAGCCAUCUUAUCCCGUUAAGAGUGGUCCAAACCCACCCAACCCUGGACCCUCACCCCCUUCACCCGUGAAGCCACCAAAUGUCUGUGACAAUUACUACAGCUGUUCAAACACUGCCACUUGUUGCUGCAUUUUCGAGUUUGGAAACGCUUGUUUUGAGUGGGGUUGCUGUCCUCUUGAAGGUGCUACCUGCUGUGAUGACCACUACAGUUGCUGCCCUCAUGACUAUCCCAUCUGCAACGUUAGAGCUGGAACUUGUCUCAGGAGCGAGAACAACCCAUUUGGAGUGAAGGCAUUGAGGCGUACUCCAGCCAAACCCCAUGGGGGAUUUGCAGGCAACAAGGUCAACAAUGCUUAAGCUGUUAAGGGGAAUGCAUACGUGCAGAAGGAGCCAGUGAUGAAGUAAAAGGAAGAAGAGCACAUACACUUCUCCUUUACUUUUACAUAUUAUUUGCACGUAACAUGCAAAUCUGUAUCAUUUUAUUAUGAUACACAAACAGACUUAUCCUGAUCAAAUUUCAGUCGAACAUUGGCUGUGUACAUAGGGCCAUAUUAUUUAUGCUCUUGUAUUUGUAUUCAAACUCCAAAUGGCGAACAUAAUUUCAUUGCUGUUAGUUUCCAAGUUCUGUAAAUUAUGCUACAUUGAAGCUAUAUUUGGUUUUGCCCCAUAUUCA